AUGGAAGCCUUGAAGAAGUCUUCUCUCGCAAAAUAUGUCAAUGGCGUGAGAUCAAUGCCAGCCGGUAUCUUCAACUGGCACCUGUUUGUCACUGUCACCGCAUUCGCUCUAUCUGGAUGCCCGAAAGGGUGGGAUGAAGGAGCAGCAGCUUCCGUAACGGAACUCGAAUCGUUUCGGCAUGCGUACCAUCUCGACGGCCCAAACAGUAAAACGACAAUCUCCAACCUUGUUUCGUUUGUAAACAUCGGUGCUGGAGUCGGAGCAUUCCUUUCCUUUUUCCUGAACGACAAGAUUGGCCGAAUCUGGUCCAUGAGACUUUACCAGGUCAUAUACGCCGCUGGAUCCUUGAUAUCCUGCUUCUCUUACGGGAACCAUGGCGUCCUAUACAUUGGGCGCAUUAUUGCCGGGCUGGGAAUCGGGGCUUGCACGGUAGUCGGACCUAUGGCCAUUGCUGAGAUGGCUCCGAAGAGCAUUCGUGGCCUAAUGACUUUAUGGUUCAACGUGUGUAUGCUGGGAGGCCAGGCCCUGGGAAUAUUCACCGUUUUUGGAUGCAGUACCAACAUCUAUCCUGGCCGCAGUCUUCAGUACCAGAUUCCAUGGUUUUUUCAAACCUUUGUACCGGCAAUUGCCAUUGGCUUGUCCUUCUUUGCGGUCGAAUCACCCCGAUGGCUUGCUAUCCGGGGAAACAGAGAAGAAGCUCUCAAAGCGCUUGUCGUUCUGCGUGGGUUAUCAGUCGACCAUCCAUACCUCGAAGAUGAAUAUGCUUCCAUCGAAGCUCACCUAGACGACGAGAACCAGCAAUUCGCCGAUCAGGGUUAUUGGUCCAUCAUGAAGGAAACUUUCCUUAUUCCAUCAAACCUCCGCCGGAUACAGCUGACAAUUGUCGCCUAUAUUCUCGCGCAGUUCUCUGGCGCCAACUCGGUUACAAAUUACUUACCAACAAUAUUCGGUUAUAUUGGCGUUCAAGGCGCAGGCGUCAAAGUUUACUCCUCGGGCCUAUACGCUGUUGCAAAGAUGAUCUGCUGUCUGGUAGCUUCUCUAGUCUUUGUGGAUGUACUUGGGAGGCGAAAGUCCCUCAUGAUAGGAAUCAGUAUCCAGGCGGCCUGCCAUGCGUAUCUGAGCGGAUAUCUCAGGUACUUUACCAAAGAUCCAGACUCUGUGCCCCAGGGGGCUUCGGAUGCUGCAAUCGGCAUCAUCUACAUUCAUGCUCUGGGAUGGGCUGUUGGGCUAUAUACCCUGCCGUACCUUUUUGGAGCUGAGCUGUGGCCUAACCGUAUUCGAUCGUUUGGCGGUGCUCUAUCACAGGGCUUCCACUGGCUGUUCUACUUCGCCAUUACAAAGGCAACUCCCAGCAUUCUCAGCAGCAUGGACAUAUGGGGCGCUUUUCUGUUUUUCGUUGGCUGGUGCAUUCUCGCUUUCAUCUACACUCUCUUCUUCAUCCCGGAGACUAGUGGGCUGAGUCUUGAUGAAAUGGACGCCAUCUUUGAGCGUCCUAUGUACAGAAUGCGUCAAGCACCCACUCUUAAGGGCGAGGAGGAAUAUGGCGGCACAAGCCGGCUUUCGUCUGAUAAGGAAGCAGUAUCCCACAUCGAAAAAGAAUAG